AUGACGACGAACCGCAGAGGCCAGAAUAUCAAUUUAUUCAUAAGAAAGGCAAAUUUCCGGGUUGGGCGCCGUCUCUACUACGGAUGGAUAAUGGGUUACGAGCUGCAGGGGCAACUUAGAAUUCGAUAUUUUUCCACUUCAAAAGCCGAUUGUCCGGUCAAGAUUGGAAGGUGGUUUUCUGUGCCGAAUUUGAGAAGAUACAGUUCAAGCCCGAGAAAAAUUAUUCAACUCCGGCGACAGAAAGAUAGUAAACCAGUCACUUUUGAAAUCAAAGAUCAAACCUACUAG